AUGAAUACCAGUGGUGAUGAAGAAAGGCGCUCUAGUGCGGGUUUUAAUGUGCAACCGACGCACCAGCUACAAAAUGGUUCUGGAGAACCAUCAGUGCAGCAACCUCCAUUACAAACGCCGCCAUCGGUGUCGAUGGAUAGUUCGUCGAUGAUGCAGAUCUUGAAAUUAAUGCAGCAACAAAUGGCGCAGCAGCAGAACAUUUUGGCGCAGUUAAUGCAGCAGCAAGGGUCAGGUCAAAGUUCAUCCACAACACCGGAACAAAUCUUGGAUUCGUUGUGCAGCCACAUUAAAGAAUUUAAAUACGAUGCUGAGGCUGGAACGACAUUUGCCGCAUGGUACAACCGCUAUGAGGACCUGUUCGAAAGAGAUGCUGCCCGGUUGAGCGACGAAGCAAAAGUGCGCCUUCUCAUGCGCAAGCUAGGAACUCUUGAACAUGACCGGUAUGUAAAUUUUAUCUUGCCAAAGUUCUCACGAGAUUUUUCAUUACCAGAGACGGUCGCAAAGCUGACAGAUUUGUUCGGAACUAAGGAGUCCCUGUUACAUCGACGGUUCAAAUGCUUAAAUACGGUGAAGGGGAAGACGGAAGAUUAUCUAGCGUACGCAUGUCGCGUCAACCGGGGUGUAGUCAACUUUGAGCUAGGCAAGUUGACGGAGGAACAGCUUAAAUGCCUUGUAUUUGUUUGCGGGUUGAAAGAUGAUAAGGAUGUGGAAAUUCGUCAAAGACUGUUAGUGCGGAUCGAGGAACGUCCUGAAACCACCCUGGAGCAUAUUACAACCGAAUGUCAACGCAUUAUCAACUUAAGACACGACAGCGCAAUGAUCGAAAGAGAGAACACCGAACAAGUCUAUGCAGUGAAGCAUAAGGAAACACAGUUCCAGCAUUAUCGAAGCAACCUGCCAUACGAUUCGAAACCCCCUAGCAGAUCGUGCUGGCUAUGUGGAGGACUACACUGGUCUCGAGACUUCGAUGCCAAAACAGCAUCGGGAGCAGUGUUGCAUAUAAUCGGCGAAUUCAGUGCCAACAUCACCAUCAAAGAAGAGCAGCGUGUCGAGACGGUUUAUGUUUCGCAAGCGGACUUGAAGCUGUUGGGAACCGACCUAAUCGAGGCCUUUUCCUUAUGGUCAGUGCCUGUUGACCAGAUAUGCAACGCCAUUCAAUCAUCAACGAAUAAGGAGCUACGACUACGUUAUCCCAAGCUGUUUGGAGAGGGCAUGGGCCUAUGUACAAAGGGAAACGUUACUCUGCAGCUGAAAGAAAAGUGUCGUCCAGUUUUCUGCCCUAAACGUCCAGUUGCGUACGCUAUGCUGGAUGCAGUCGACAAGGAACUGGACCGGCUGGAGAAGCUAGGAGUCAUCACACCGGUCGAUUUCUCUGACUGGGCCGCACCAAUUGUCGUCGUGCGGAAAGCAAACGGUCAGAUAAGGAUCUGCGGAGAUUACUCGACCGGUCUCAAUGGAGCCUUGCACCCCCAGGAGUACCCGCUUCCACUACCAGCAGAUAUUUUCGCCAGGCUAGGUAAUUGCACUCAUUUUACACAAAUAGAUUUAUCGGAUGCUUUCCUUCAGGUCGAAAUUGCUGAGCAGAGUCGGAAGUUUCUAACCAUCAACACGCAUAAAGGGCUUUACUCCUACAACCGACUACCACCGGGCAUCAAGGUAGCUCCUGCGGCUUUUCAACAGUUGAUGGACAAAAUGCUCAUUGGAUUGCGGGGAGUUUCCAGUUACAUGGAUGAUAUCAUUAUCGGAGGCGCCACCGUUAUCGUUAUCAUUGGCUCCAACAACGUCUCUUCCAUCACCGAGUUGUUUGUCACCAUCGUCAUCGUCGACUCCACCAUCGUCUACAAUACCGCCUGA